GGACACGAAGUCCACACCUAAAUAAACGACUGAUAACAACACAAGCAGCUAUCGUUCUUGUAUUUUGAAUUUCAAUUUAUGGAAACAUUAUUUCUCAUUCGAUUUAGUUCAAUAAGUCAGUACGUUGAGUUAUGAGCAUAGUUUUCUAAGUCGAAUGGAGUUCUGUCGAAUAUGUGCUACGUCUACAUCUGCGGAUGUUGAGUCUGUUAGCAUAUUUGGAGGGAUAGAACCCAUUGCAAACAUGAUCCAAGAACUAAGUGGCUUAGAGAUUCUGGAUGAGUAUGGUCUACCAGAUGUUGUGUGCUACGAUUGUGUAAAUCGUUUGAAAUCUGCACUAGAACUUAAGCAACAAUGCUUGAAAUCUGACGAAAAGUUUAGACGACUAAUUCAGCAAGAAAGUAUUCUCGAAACCGUAUAUGAAAGGAAGGCUGACCCGGACGUCCCAAUCAUAAGCUACAAAAUUUUAUAUGAUCAAGUGAUCGAACAUGUGCCACCGGAAAUCGAAACCGAGUAUGUUGUAGAGGUGGAGGCGAAUACUUUGGAGCGAGUCUCAAAAACAAACGGAGAAAAAGUUAAAAUCGAAUACAUAAAUCCACCAAUCGAAACAAUUCCCGCAAAGGUAGAAGAAAUAAGAGAUUUUCCAACGGAUGUGGAGACGAGCUGUGCAGUCGAGGUAGAAACAAAUAGAUUUGAUGAAUUUCAAAAUGCAGCGCAGAACGAGAAGUUGAUCAAAAGUACAACACUUGAACAUUACACAUUCUACAAAGACGUUGAUGGAUCAAUUGGAAAGGAUAAGCUUCCAUCGACGAAAGUUGAAGUCCCUCUUAAGCUUAAAACCGAUUGCACCAAAAAGGAAGAUAGCUUAAGAAAAACUAAAAAAGCAAAACCUUUUAAAUUAAGAGAUAAAGCAAAUGCGUCUGAAAUUGAGGCCAAACCAUCGAAACGAAAGCAAUUGAAGGAUAAAGAGCAAUCAACUAAAAGCGAUGAUAAGGACAACGGUCGGCCCUUCCGGUGCUGUGGUUGCGAGCGCACUUUCAGCACUAAACUGGAGCUAUUACAACAUUCGAAAGAAUCUCAUGCAUCUCAGAAAACGUCCAACUGUGAACGGCCAUUCGAAUGUACCAUCUGCUACAAACGCUACACCAGUGCCAGGGGGUUCAAAAUCCACCGUAAAAAUGCGUACCAACUAAAGCAGCACCAAUGCUCGUCGUGUGGCAAAAGAUUCCUCAAUCGAACGCUUCUGGAGAAUCACGAAAGGACUCACACCUCACUGAAGCCCUUCUCGUGCACACAUUGUUCGAAAACGUUUCGGUCCAAAUCGAAUCUGUUGUCCCAUCUGAAACUUCACUCGGAAAUCCCAGAGCAUACGAAACACGUGUGCAAGCUGUGCAACAAAGGUUUCAGUCGGAAAAGCUAUCUGAAGCAUCACAACAGUUUGCUUCACAGCGAGGAAACGCCCUUCGAGUGCACAUUCUGCCCGAAUCGGUUCAAAGCGAAAGCCAACCUUCGGUUGCAUCUGAGAACACACACCCAGGAGCGACCGUAUUCUUGCGAGAUGUGCGACAAAAGCUUCAUGUAUCCCACCGAUCGGAAGAGGCAUAUGCUGCAACAUACCGGUCAGAAGCCGUUCAAGUGUAAGGAGUGCGAUAAAGGGUUCACACGGAAAACCCUGUUGAACAAACAUCAGAUUUCUCAUAGGAGUGAGACCGCUACAGGGGGAGAUGGUUGACUUAACAGCGAUUAAGAUUAUGCUUUUAACAUUAUGUUUAACAAUUUUAAUGCUUAAAUGUACAAUAAAUGCGCAUCUUUACACUUGUA